AUGCCAUCAAAGCGUCAGUUGUUAAAGAUUAUCAUCCUUGGCGACAGUGGGGUCGGCAAAACGUCACUUAUGCAUCAGUAUGUAAACAAAAAGUUUGACAGUCGCUAUAAGGCUACCAUUGGUGCCGACUUUCUCACGAAGGACUUGGAGUUAAAUGGACAAGUGGUGACACUGCAGAUUUGGGACACGGCCGGACAGGAGCGGUUUCAGUCGCUUGGUUCGGCGUUCUACCGCGGUGCGGAUGCCUGCAUCCUUGUCUUUGAUGUCACGCAACAGGAGUCCUUUUCGCACAUAGGCGCCUGGCUAGAGGAGUUCAACAUUCAAGCGGGCAAACGGGACAGUGUGCUGAUUGGCAACAAGACGGACCUUGCGGAUCGUCGGCAGGUGGCAAGUAAGACGGCACAGGCAUGGUGUGCGGCGCAAAGCGGUGACGCUGCUGUUGCUGCUGCAGACGGCAGUAACACCAACAGCGGUCCGGAGGGUUGCUGUAUGCGAUACUUUGAGACUUCAGCGAAGGAGAAUACAGGUGUGGAGGAGGCGUUUCUUGCCAUUGCUACCACUGCCCUGGCGCAAAAAGAGACUGUGGAGGAAGAUGUAGUGCUGCCGCAGUCCGUCAAUCUCAACCAGCCCACAUCGCAGGAGAAGAGCUCUUGCCCGUGCUGA